AGUAACAGAGAGCAAGGGGAAAGUAACAGAGAGCAAGUUCAUUUGUCGUACUUGGACACCGUUACCGUUGGUCAUUGAAAGAAGCGUCUCACUUACUACACUCUGCUGUCGUUUGACCGCUCGGCUUUGGCUUUCCACCAUCUGACUUUAACUAACUAACUUAACUAAGCUAACUUUACAGUGGAAAGCAUGAUUUUCAGAAAUUAUUGCAUCUUGGCAAAGAAGACUGCGCGAGUGUUUGUUUCGCGUAGACAUCAACUUCCGAUUCAAAUCUGGCAAAGUCUCCGUAGGCCCUCGAGCUCAAUGUCCGUGUGUCCCGUGCUGUCGGUGCGACCUAUCCGGGCACUGGUGGAUGAAAAGUUUCAGAUAGUUGUGACAAAUUUACACCCAAAACAAGAGGUAACGCUUCACUCCUUACAUCAGUCCGAGGAUAACGACUACUGGGAGGCGUUUGGCCAUUAUAUCAGCGACGCAGAUGGAACUGUUAUAGUCAUGGAAGAUAACAGCAAAGGUGGGACCUAUGUUGGAGUUGAACCCAUGGGUCUCCUUUGGAGCUUGCGACCCGUUCCUGGUAGCAGAGACGGACUCAGGUUGCGAAAGAGAGACGUCUUGUCACCAAUGGUGGUAAACAUAUCCGUGCACAAAGGUCACACAAACCAGGGGUUCUCUGAAAAGGACGCCCUGGCCACGGUUGUCACGGAGAGAUGGUACCUGGCGCCAGGUGUUCAGCGUGUGGACAUCGGGGAUCGAGGGGUUAAAGGCACUCUCUUCAUACCACCAGGCCCAGGGCCCUUCCCUGCAGUGCUGGACAUGUGGGGAGGGGGAGGGGGUCUGGUGGAGUACCGGGCGGCCCUCCUGGCCUCACAUGGCUUUGUUUCCAUGGCGCUAGAAUACCUUCCUGCAUUCGAACAGCGGGCAGUUGAUGUUGAUACCGAAUACUUUGAGACGGCAUAUAAGGUCCUGCAGACCCAUCCUCAGGUGUCUGGAGACAGAGUAGCUGUGCUUGGUCUGUCCUUUGGGACCUCAGUCACAUUCACAAUGGCAGCGUACUCUAAAGUUGCACAGCCCCGGUGUUGCGUGUGCAUUAGCGGAAGCCAUGUUCACCCUGUUAACAAGUCUUUGUUUGAGGCCUUCCAGUACAUUAUGAAGAAAAUGACAAAGGCACGUAUCGAUGAGAACAAUCAUGUGAUCUGGAGAGAUGUCAUUCUACCCAUUCCCACUGAGCCAGACCUUAAAGUGGAUGUGGGCCGGAUAAAGUGUCCUCUACUGAUUGUGAUUGGUCAGGAUGAUCAAAGCUGGGCUACGGUGGAAUCUACAGAAGAUAUAGAGCAGAUGAUGGAGCGGGCAGGGAAUCGCCACCUCCUGACGGUGUUGUCGUAUCCAGACGCAGGUCACCUGAUCGAGCCACCUUACACACCUCACAUCCGCUUCAGCAAUUUCGUCACACAAUUCAACAGGAUGAAAGUGUUGAUGCUGUGGGGGGGUCAGACGAAGCCUCAUGCACACGCCCAGGAGGACUCAUGGGAGAAGAUCCUCCAUUUCCUCCAGAAACACCUUUACCAGGACUUACCACCAGCAGCCAAACUCUGAUUAAACACACACAAACACACACACACUCUACCAGGACUUACCACCAGCAACCAAACUGAUAACACACACACACUCUACCAAGACCUACCACCAGCAGCCAAACUCUGAUUAAACACACACAAACAGACACACACACACACACACCAGAGUUUCCACUUGAAACAAAUGGUGCCGGUCAAACCGGCAGAGGUUUCGUUUUCCAGACAUUUUGAUGAUAUGCUGGUCAAAUAUCUUAUUAUCGCUUCUUAAUUAGUUCAGGAAAACUUGAGACAGGCUAUAUAGGCUUGAGUCAGGCCAUAUAGAAUGCAACAUGUUCAUUAGCCUAACUUAAACAUGCUUAACUAGUGUCAAUUUAAAGAUCUAGCCAGUAUAUCUGCUGUUUUCAUGGACAGCAAGAAUCC